AUGGCAGCCUCGGCCUACGCGUCUCCUUGCGAACAGGUUAUUGCGUGCCUCGACCAGAUCGUUACGUGCCUCAAGGACAUCGUAGACAAGUCCGCGCAGUACGGAGUCCCAGGGCACUACAGGCCCAUCCUCCUUCAGAUGAACAUGGACAUAAUGGCGGCGAUUGCGUCGCACCAGUUCCACCGCAGAAUGUCGACCGAGAAGAUGACCCCCGUUGGCCAGCUGCUCGAGCAGCAUUCCGGCUCAAAGAUUUUGAACACGAUGGACUCAGUUAUUGGGCACUAUCAGACCUGCUAG